AUGAGCCUGCUGCCACCCACACCGAAAGGCGGUCAUUGUUUGCUGCGGAAAGCACUCUCUGCGCGCACGGUGGCCCGUGCCUUGCGGCGCUGCGAUGCCGUGGAGGCCGAGCCUGGCCGCUUCUAUGCACUCUUGAGCUUGGGAGAAGCCGAAGGCGUUCGCGCCUUAAUGCAUCGGCGGCCCCUGCCCUGCCACGCUGCCUUGAGACUUCUCCGACGAGAGCCCUUAGGGCUGACGGUGCUGGAUGCCACGAAGGGCUAUGAGGCACAGCGAAAGAUGGCGCACGAAACGGGGCAGUGCCGGACAGAGCAUGAGAGGUCAGACCUUUGUAUCCAUGAGAGGGCAUUGCAGGUGGUUUUGUGA